GCGUCCCCGCCAGCCCCAUGCCGCCACCACCGUGCCGCACGGCAGGAUGCCGGGGGGGGGGGAAGGAUGCCAGAGGCCCCCCCCCCCCAGCAGUGCCAGCCCUGGCGUGUCCCCAUCCCUGUCGCCGUCCCCGCAGCGGGCGCGGGGGGCCGCGGCGGCCGAGCCACCGAACCAUAGAGCUGCGCGAUCCGCCAGCUCCUAGAGCUCACGGGCCGCGCGGGCGCUGGGGGAUGCCAUGCGCCGAGGCCCUUCCGUUGCCGGCCUCCCCGCGCCCCGCCGCCCCGCUCCCGCGCCGGCCCCCCGCCACCGCCGCCCCCCGAGAGACCCCCCCCCCGAAAGGCCGCCCGCCGCCAGGCCGGGCCCCGGCGAGGCCGCCCGCAGCGGGCUUCCCCGGCUGAGCGUGCCGGGACCGGGACGGCGGCCAUGGAAAGCGAGGGGGAACCGUCCGCCCGCGACCCCCGGGACACUGAGCUCCUGGAGGGCAACGCCGCAGCCCGCGCUGGGCCGGCGAGCACCGCGGCCCCGCGGCCCCCGGCUCCGACCUCCGGCAGCGAGACGCCCGGGCGCCCGGCGAGGCCGCGCAGGAAGGGGCCGGCGCGGCGGCUGGCCAAGGCAGCGGGCCGCGAGCGGGGCCUGCGGCCGCUGAAGGAGCUGCUGGGGCUGCGGCGAGCCCGCCUGCGGCCCACCAUCUGCAGCGAGUGCGGCAAGGGCUUCAGCCGCAGCUCCGACCUGGCGCGCCACCAGAUCACGCACACCGGCGAGAGGCCCUACACGUGCGGCGCCUGCGGCAAGGGCUUCAGCCAGAACUCCAACCUCGUCACCCACCAGCGCAUCCACACCGGCGAGAAGCCCUACGCCUGCGGCGCCUGCGGCAAGCGCUUCAGCGAGAGCUCGGCGCUCAUCCAGCACCAGCGGACCCACACCGGCGAGAAGCCCUACUCGUGCGGCGAGUGCGGCAAGCGCUUCAGCGUCAGCUCCAACCUCAUCCGCCACCGGCGCACGCACACCGACGAGAAGCCCUACAUCUGCGUCGAGUGCGGCGAGGGCUUUCGCCACAAGGCCCAGCUCCGCCGGCACCAGAAGCUGCACGCGGCACGCUGGGACCUUCCUGUUCCCGGCCUCCCCCGUAAGCCCAGCCUCGCGGCGGGGGCCAGCGCCAGCCCGCGGGACCCCCGCUCCGGAGGAAGCGGCCCCAAAAGCAGGCGCCCCCCCACCCCAAACCCCCCCCCAUCCUUCGGAGAGGUCUCCGGAGCCGGCUGGGAGAGGUCGGAGCAGCACCGGGACCCACCGACUCCCCUAGGAGCCAAGGUAGCCGGAGCACCGGGAGGACGCCUGGGUCCACCCGCCCUCCCCAUGGAGCAGGAAGAGCCCUGCGUCGUGGAGCUCCACGACUCGGACGACACGGAGAUCGUCCGCAGAGUCUACAUCGCCGACGACGGCAUCGUGAGCGACUGCGAGGACGAGGUGCUGCCGCACGAGAUCAUCCAGACCGUCAUCCCGCACAGCCCGCUGGCCCCCAAGGCCAAGAAGAGGGCGGCGCAGCCGGGCGACAGAGCCCGGCCCCGGGCACCGGCCGCCGGCUCGGGCUGCGGGGCGGCCGCCGCGGCCCCGGGCUACGGCGAGGAGGAGCAGGAGGGAGGCGGGGGGCCGCCGGGGCGGCACCGGGGAGCCCGCCAGCGCCCCUUCAUCUGCAACGAGUGCGGGAAGAGCUUCAGCCACUGGUCGAAGCUGCUGCGGCACCAGCGGACUCACACCGGCGAGCGGCCCAGCACGUGCGGCGAGUGCGGCAAGAGCUUCAGCCAGAACUCGCACCUGGUGCAGCACCGCCGGACGCACACCGGGGAGAAGCCGUACCGCUGCGGGGACUGCGGGAAGAGCUUCAGCUGGAGUUCGAACCUCAUCCAGCACCAGCGCAUCCACACCGGCGAGAAGCCGUACACCUGCGGGCAGUGCGGGAAGAGCUUCACCCAGAGCAAGAACCUCAUCAAGCACCAACGCACCCACUCAGGCGCCCGGCCCCACCGCUGCGGCCAGUGCGGCCGCGGCUUCGCCCAGAGCACCAACCUGCUCAAGCACCAGCGGGUGCACGCCGCCCGCAGCCAGCCGCCCCCCUGCCCCGAGUGCGGCCAGAGCUGCCGCGACGGCGCCGAGCUGGAGCGCCACCGGGCCCAGGCCCACGGCCACGAGCCCUACAUCUGCGUGGAGUGCGGCGAGAGCUUCUCCAAGAGCGCCACGCUCAACCGCCACAAGCGGGUCCACAAGCCCCUCUUCGUGCACUGAGCGGGGGGGCCGGCGGGGCCGGGCGCCGUCCCGGGGCCGCGAUGCCACCGAGGGCGGCUUCGGAGCCGUCCCGGGCACCGGCCACCGGCCCUAACCGCGGCACCGGCGGCCCCCGAAUGCCGCCUGGUCCGGCGGCAGCGGGAACGAAGGUCCACGGUGCUUCUCGGGGCCCUGCCCCGGCCACCCCAGCGCUCGCGUCCCGGCCGGAGCCGUGGAAGGCGAGACCUCGGCGAACCCAUAGGGGUUGGACCCUAUAGAUGUAUAUAGCGCAGGGGGGAGGGGGGCAGGGGGGAACGUGUAAGGUAGAAGCCAUAUGCCGCUGCGACGCAGCCACGUAGCCGAGGGAGCCAGCGCGUGGGGCUGGCAGCGCCGCCCAGCCGGGCGGUCGGACGUGGCGUGCGGCUGGACGGGGCCUCGGCCGUAGAAUAAAGUAUUUCUGUUUGGGGGAA